AUGGAAGCAACAUUCGAUAAAUUUAAAGGAAUAAAAACGUAUUCUAGAGUAAAUAAUGUUAAAUCAAACAAUCAGAGUGUUACCGUGAAUUCUGCUGAUAAAAAAGUACCAUUAACGACCAAGAACGCUGUAAAAUUUCUUCUAGAAGGGACAUUAAGGUUAAAAGUUUGCAGGUAUUGUCUUAGCGUCACUACUAAUCUAUCUGAAUUGGAUGAAAUUCUCGUUAUAGCCGUAAAUGGAGCUCUACACGAGGUCACUAUACGCGAUAUGGUAGCAAGCUUCCAUCCAUUCAAGGUGACCGAUGAUAAGAAUUUUCCAAACAAAAUAUGUUCAGAUUGUCUGAAUCGGACAAUGAAUUGCUACCUCUUCGCCCAGCAGUGUGAAAGAUCGGAAAGAUCGUUACGAAACUGUUUCGAAGAUAUGUAUGAUAAAUUUGAGAAACUCGAUCCGGUUGAACCUGUAAAACGAAGAGGAAAACCGAAAUUGAAUCCCAACUGUAAUAUUUUGUAUACAGAACACAACGAAGUAAUGAAUUACGCUGAACCAAUAAUAAAUAUUAUCAACACCGAUACCGUUACUAUAGAAGAUAAUUACAUUACCGAGUUGGAAUGCCAGAAAUGUUGGCAGGUUUUACCGACGGCAGAAUCACUAUUAAAUCAUGAGAAAAUACAUCCCAAAUCUAUGUGGUAUAACUGUAAGUUAUGUGGGAAGUCGUUUGUUAAAAGAUGCCAUUUGAAGAAACAUUUAAAAUCUCACAGACAGAUUAGUAAUUUGGAUAAUAAUGAAUCUUCAUACAAAUGCAAUGAUUGUGGGAUCAGUACUGAUACAUUAUCGGAUCAUUACCAACACAUAGAGAAACACAAGUUCAAAGAUAUGUUUGAACAUUUAAUUGAAGGGAAUAUAAGUAGCUUUUGUGCUAUUUGUAUGGAUAAAGGUUUGAAAAUGGUAGAGUUGACGGAAAUGGUACAUUUACAUGGCGGCUACCCUGCUUUAAGUAGGGAUUUGACUAUUCAGAAUGUAUUAACAGCUACCAUUCCUGGUAUUCAACUUGAUAGCUACAUGGGUAAUAAAAUCUGCGACAAUUGUGUCAAUCAUGCUUUAAACACAUAUAUAUUUAUAAGCAAAGUACAAUAUGUACGGAAUAGAUUGAAUACUUCGAUAACGCUUAUGUUGGAUAAUCUUAAUAUAGAUGAACCGGAAAGUAAUAUUAUGGUUGAGAUAUCUCAAGAACUGAUACUACCAUCUAUAAAAGAUGUAGAUAUAGAUGAUUCAGAUGAAUCAGAUUACAAAGUUGAGGUUUUAGAAGAUGAGUUCCGAGUUAACAGCGAGAGUGGCUCGGAAUCGGAUUUUAAAGAGGAUUCUAUAGUUAUGAGCAAUAUAGAAGAUCAACUCAAAAAUGUCACUAAGACAUACAGCAAGAAAGUGUUCAAUGGAUUUCAAAUGAAGAAUGAUGAAGAUAGUUUAGAUGUUUGCAGCGAAUUCUUGACUUUUAAGAAGAGAGUGAAAACUAAAAAACGCUCGCCAAAAAUACGUUACACUUGCCCGUUUUGUAAUAAAAACUUCAUAUCGGAUUAUUUCCUCAAGAAACAUGCUUUGAAACACAUUAAUCGGACGAUUGAAUGUGAUUUAUGUUACAACCAAUUCAAAUCAAAGUUCCAUCUAUUCGAGCACAAGAAAAUGAUGCAUUUAUUGCAAUCACAGAACUAUAUGACAUGCAAAAUCUGCGGUAGAUCCUUUGAAAGUGCUACUAAAAUGAAAAUACACCAAAAAUGCCACCGAUAUAAAGAAUGUCACCUAUGUAAUAAAUACUUCAUAAGUCAGAAGUACUAUAACAUUCAUAUGCAACGCCACGCAGCCAGAUUCAAUACAUACAGAAAUAGAGACGAACAGACAUGCAGUUUUUGUGAGAAAGCAUGUUCAAACGAAAAUGAACUCUCUCUACAUGUGAAUAAAGUCCAUUUACAGAUAAAACCGUACAGUUGCGAUAUGUGUGAGAAGCAGUAUUAUACUGAAUAUAACCUUUUGAGCCACAAAAAACUUCACAGUUUACCUUGCAAAGAGAUUUGUGAGUUUUGUAAUAAAGUAUUCAAAUGUAGGAAGAAUUUGGUCAUACAUGUUAGAAAGCAUAUAGGUAUAAAACCACAUAAUUGCCCUGUUUGUCGACAAGCUUUCUAUUCAGAUACAAUAAUGAAGAAUCACAUGAAAAAUUACCAUGGAGGUAAAUUCUGUUGCCGAUUAUGCCGGACAGUUCUUCAAAGUCAAUUCGAUUUGAAAACUCAUAUAAAUGUCGCCCAUAGUUCUAUGUAG